AUGCAGACAUUUCUCCCAAGCCUACUAUUUUUCUUCCUUCAAUUGCUGAAAUAAACCUCCAUAAGGCUGGCACAUACCUUUGUCUUAUUGAGAAAUUUUUCCCGGAUGUCAUUAAGAUUCAUUGGAAAGAAAAGAAUGGCAGAACAGUUCUGGAGUCCCAGCAGGGAAACACCGUGA